GGGGCGGGAGGGGCAUUCCUGGUCCCGACCCUCUGUGCGGGUGGGCUCGGAGCAGGCCGCACCGGGCGGGAACCCCACUUCCACCCCGGAGGCCCCCUGCCCAUUCUCCCCCUUCCCCCCGGCCCAUGGUGCGAGGCUGGGAGCCGCCGCCCGGGCCGGACCGCGAAUAAACUACACAAGCAAAUCUCAAAUCUGGCUGUACCCUGAGAACUUUUUAAAACUACUGGUGCCUGGGCCCCAGUCCAGACUAAUGAAGUCAAAAUGAGGAGGGUGCCCCGCUUUAAGUUUCCCAGCUAUCUCUGAAGGGCACAAAUCAGAAAGCAGCAUGCCUCCUAAUAAAGAGGCCAGCAGUCUUAAUACCUCCCCUGCGGGGCUCAUCUGCCUCCCUCCAAUCUCUGAGGAGCUCCAGCUUGUGUGGACCCAGGCAGCUCAGACCAGUGAGCUAGAUGGCAACGAACACCUGCUACAAACCUUCAGCUACUUUCCCUAUCCCAGUCUAGCAGACAUUGCCCUUCUCUGUCUACGCUAUGGGCUGCAGAUGGAGAAAGUCAAGACUUGGUUCAUGGCCCAGCGCCUCCGCUGUGGCAUUAGCUGGUCAUCUGAAGAAAUAGAAGAGACUCGAGCCCGAGUGGUCUAUCACAGGGACCAACUCCACUUCAAAUCCCUUCUCUCUUUUACUCAUCAUGCAGGACGGCCUCCAGAGGAGGUGCCUCCUUCUCCAGUGCCACCUUCAGAACAAGUUAGUCUUGGAAUAGUGCCCCUGACUCUUAGUGAGCCCACCCAGAUGAAGGGAUUGAAGGUAGAACCCGAGGACCCCUCAGAGCCAAUGAGUCUCCAGAAAGCAAAGGAACCCCUGAUAGCACCUGGCAGUGGGGCAUUCUCCCACCAAUCAGAAUUUUGGCAGGAUCUUCAAAGCAGUGGCCUCUCUAAGGAGCAGGCAGGUAGGGGUCCCGACCAGUCACAUGGCCUAGGUACUGCUUGCUGGAACCACUCCACAGCUGUCCAGCCGCAUACUCGGGAUAAACCCCCACCAGUCUCAUUACUUGCCAGUAGUUGUAAGCAGGGGUCAACAUGUAAUGUGACUCCUCCUUCUUCCUCUACCUCUUCUUCCUCUUUCCAGGUACUGGCUAAUGGAAUUACAGUCACCUCUAAACCCCUCCAGCCACUGGGCUGUCUCCCACAGCCACUGUCACCCAAUGAACAGGCUCUACCCAUACAUGUAGAGCCAGCCUGGCCCCAGAGGCUAAGGCCUAACUCAGUACUAGGUAAGGUCGGGCCUGCAGAAUACCUUUCCCCGGAUACCCAACGUCCUCGAAAGACCAAGCGCAAAACCAAAGAGCAGUUGGCCAUCCUCAAAUCGUUUUUUUUACAGUGCCAAUGGGCACGACGCGAGGAUUACCAUAAAUUAGAACAGAUCACUGGUUUACCUCGGCCUGAGAUUAUUCAGUGGUUUGGUGACACACGCUAUGCCUUGAAGCAUGGGCAACUAAAAUGGUUUCGGGACAAUGCAGUACCUGGAGCCCCUGGUUUCCAGGAUCCAGCAAUUCCCACACCUUCGCCUUCAACCCGCUCCUUGAAUGAAUGGGCUGAGACACCACCUCUGCCGAUGCCCCCACCUCCACCGGAUAUACAGCCCUUGGAGAGGUACUGGGCAACCCACCAACAGUUACGGGAAAGUGAUGUCCCUCAACUGAGUGAGGCGUCAAGGCUUAGCACCCAGCAGGUACUGGAUUGGUUUGAUUCUCGAUUGCCUGAGCCAGCUGAGGUGGUGGUUUGUCUAGAUGAAGAGGAAGAGGAGGAGGAGGAAGAAUUGCCAGAAGAUGAAGAAGAGGAGGAAGAGGAGGAUAACAGCGACGAUGAUGAUGACGACGACAACGACGACGACGACGAUGAUGAUGAUGUGAUCAUACAGGACUGAAUGGGGGCUAUGGGAGGGGCAGUCUUACUAAAAGACAAACCAACUUAGUAACUGUUUAAACAAAGAAACCACAUUUUUAAAAUUACCUUGUGGCAAAGAACUAAAAGCUUUGUGUUCUUAGGGUUCGGGGAAAGGUGGAUGUUGUGAGGGUGGACCAGGGAGGAUGAGCAUAGGGCACAAAGUGAGGUGGGGACUGAAUGGGCAGAAACCCAGGCCUCUAGCCUCAAUGAAAUGCUAAGGAUCUAGUCCAAACUAUGGGCUGGGUAAAGGCUCUUGCUCUCAUCUGCUGUUCUUUUCCCUUCGUGCACUACAGAGAGGCCAGACCUUAGUCCCAUUGGGAAGGAGUAAAAAUUUUGAUAGAAUUUAUUACAAUGCAUCCCCUAGUCCCACCAUUUUCCCUGGAAUAUAAAGCUGCCUUGCACCUCUCUUUUUCUCUGAGCACAAGUCCAUGCAUAAUGCAGCUAAGAAUCUCAGUAUGUCCCAGUCUCACAAAUAUUUCAACUCUUCCUCAUACCAACUCUAUAUGCUUGACCUGCUUCCAAUUUUGAGUGGCACACGAAGGAGAAUGUUUUCAUUUCUGAUACUGGGACCACUUUGCCUUGUACCUUUUUAACUCUUUCCAAAAUCCCCAUUCUCUUCACUAUGUCUCAGGGUAAAUCUUCCCCACGGAGCUUGUGAAAAAGUUUAAUAACUGGGUGGAGAAUAAUUUAGACUGGAUAUUUAUUGGAGGUGGGAAUUAGGAGAGGCGUCCUUUUAAAAAAGUAGAAUUAGGUUACAGAAGUGUAGAGGAGAGGGAAUGGUUUCUACUGUUCAGAGGACUGCAGGUAGGUUCCAGGUUUGGUUUUACAAGCCUGACACUCCCUCCUGCCCAACUUGAUAUAGACUGGUUUUACAUCUUUCUGGUGUUUAAAUUUGUAUCCAGAAAAGAGAUGUUUCCCUCUCUUUAUAGGAUGAGUCUUGGGGGACAAGAGGGAUCAUGGUCUUUAACUGAAGUUAUUGAUGUUUCAGAAUGGUUUUCAUCAGCUGGGGUCAGAUAUAAUGAUAUCAAAUGGAUUAAUCAUCUAGAAAUGAGAGUGGAAGCCCUAAAUUGCUAGAAUAAUAAAAAGGUCAAAAAUAAAAUUGUU